GACGUUCUUAGGGGAAAGAAGACAGAGGCUUCCACUCCUAGGCUUCCUGUUGCCAACAUCUGAGAAGGCUCUUGUUACUGGUUUCAUAUCUCUGCCGUUUAGAAAAGAGACCUUUGUAUUAUAUUUUUUAAGCGGGUGAAGUAAUUUUUCCUACACUAGUGAGGAAAUAACUGCAGUUGCACAUUAGUGUUAAGGAGAAGGACCAUGGGGAGACUUGGGUAUCUUGUCAGUGUAAUAACGGUCGGAUUUAUCAUCAAAGGUGUCGUCACACAAGACAAACCAGCUAAAGCAGCCGUAAAGGUGGAGAUCCGUGGCCGUGACGUGGUCCUGAAGUGCGGGGAGUUUCAAAGCCCCCAGCCUGACAUAAACUGGCAGAGAGAUGGAAUUACUUUAGGGAACAACAACUCAGAGUUGAACUUGGGCGCAGAAGCGGACGACCCAAGAGGAGUUUAUAAGUGCAAAAAUGAUAUCAUUCCUGUACAGGUGUAUUUCCGAAUGUGCCAAAACUGCAUCGAGCUGGAUGCAGCCACCAUCUCGGGGAUCGUGGUAGCUGAUGUCAUCGCCACGGUCUUCCUGGCAAUCGCCGUGUACUGCAUCACCGGCCAAGACAGUGGCCGUCGCUUACGAGCUUCUGACCGACAGAACCUGAUCGCCAAUGAGCAGCUCUACCAGCCCCUUGGUGAGCGGGACAAUGAGCAGUACAGCCGCCUAGGAGUCACCAGGACCCGCAAAUGAGAGUGGAGAGCACCUGGGGGCUAAAAACUGUGACCCUUGGCCCUUCAUCCUCUCUCUUUUCCACAUGGGAACCAACAAUAUUGGGGAAUCCUGCUGCUUUUGAAGCAGCCCUCAAAGCCUUCACUCUGCAGCUUGGUGGCCAGAAACCAUGGUGAUGGACAUCUCACUAAUGUGUCUAAGAAAUCGAUGAUCUCUGCUCGCACGUGAUCCUGGGCCCUGCUUGUCUCAAAUCCCUCUGGCUCCCUGCAGUGCCAAGGGAGCUCGUAGAGCUCUCUGCUCUUUGUGAUGAUUUGCUUUGGCAAUAAAGAGGCUUUGCCCGG